AUGGCGAGACUCACUGAUGAUCCCGACUACGAUGCCGGCGAAACGUCUGGGAAUGUACCACGUCUACGCUUCAACUUUGGAAAUGAUCAUGCAGACAAUGGACCCCGUACU